UUAUAGGAAUAAAUUGAUAUUUGGUUUUAAAUCAGAGGGUGGAGACAGUGAGGGCAACACGUCCCAUCAGCAGAGGAAUGGCACAGUGACACUCAGUCUGUGAGCCGCAGCUGAGUAGAGGAUAUUCACCAUGUCACAGGAGAGUGCUGGAUAGCUCGGAGUGAGUGCCGCUGGGGCAUGGAUGUGCCAUUAGAUGACGGGAACAGCUGUAUUAUCUCCUCCCGAGUGAGAAGGCGACGCAGCAGGAGGAACCUCUAGGUUCCUCGCAUCUCUCCAGCCCAGGCUCAACCAUGAACGUGACCCUGCUGGCCUUCAGACUGAUGUGCUUGGUGUGGUUGUGGCCUGUCGCGCAACUCAACAGCAGCCACUUCCCAAACAAGAAGAGACACAAGGACCUGUAUCCUGGAGAAAACAGCAAACAGAAGCACAGAGGACGGGUGGAUAUUAAGAUGAAAAAGAUGGACAGCACAAAGUCUCUGCUAAUUAAAUCUGAGCAGCUGCUUCGGAUCGAGGACCAUGACUUUGCAAUGCGGCCGGGCUUUGGAGGUUCAGCUGUUCCUGUAGGCAUCGACGUCCAGGUGGAAAGUAUCGACAGCAUAUCUGAAGUAAACAUGGACUUCACUAUGACUUUGUACCUGAGGCACUACUGGCAGGACGCCCGCCUCGGCUUUCCCUCCAGCAACAACAAGAGCCGCACCUUCGACUCGCGGCUUGUGAGAAAGAUCUGGGUUCCUGAUGUGUUUUUUGUCCACUCUAAACGCUCAUUUAUCCAUGACACAACCACGGAUAACAUCAUGUUAAGGGUUUAUCCUGAUGGCAAUAUUCUGUACAGUGUCAGGAUCACUGUGACUGCACUUUGUUCGAUGGACUUCAGUAGUUUCCCUCUGGACACACAGAAUUGCUCUUUGGAGCUGGAGAGCUAUGCUUACAAUGAGAAAGAUCUGAUGCUCUACUGGAAGAAUGGGAACGAUUCAUUGCGGACUGAUGAGAUUGUGCUCUCUCAGUUUUUUGUCGAAGACUUCCAGCCUUCUUUCGGACUUGCCUUCUACAGCAGUACUGGAUGGUACAAUCGACUUUACAUAAACUUCAUCCUCAGAAGGCACAUCUUCUUCUUCAUGCUGCAGACGUACUUUCCCACCAUGCUGAUGGUGAUGCUGUCCUGGGUGUCCUUCUGGAUCGACAGGAGAGCCGUGCCAGCUCGCGUCUCUUUGGGCAUCACCACAGUUUUGACAAUGUCCACCAUCAUCACUGGUGUCUCGGCGUCCAUGCCACAGGUGUCUUACGUUAAAGCUGUGGACAUCUACCUGUGGGCUAGCUUCCUCUUCGUUUUUCUGUCUGUCAUCGAGUACGCUGCCGUCAACUAUUUCACCACCAUAGAGGAGAUGAAGAAGCUCAAGAGGGCCAAGAUCCCCGCCUCCUACAACCCGGCCGAGGCCAUGGCCUUCGAUGGCUGCUUCCACGACAAUGACAUUGACCUGGCUUCUUUUCCAGAGGCUUCCACCCCAAACACAGAGCGGAACACCCAGUCCCGGAACUCCACUGCUGACUCUGCCCCCUCAGAAGGGACCAGGCUGCGCUGCAAGCACCCUUUGAAGCGGAAUCUCCGUUUCAUCAGGAGCAACAGCUACAUGAUUGAUUCAUACUCCAGAGUCAUAUUUCCCCUGACUUACUUGUUGUUCAACAUCAUUUACUGGAGUAUGUACGCAUGAAAUGUUUAAACAUUUAUUUUUCA